AUGUCUGACACGUCGGAAAUUCCGCAACCACCGUCUCCUCCGGCAGCUUCUGAGCCUAUUGUUCAAGUCGAAACCCACAGUCAGACGUUUUCCGAUGUAGCUCAGGACGUGAUCAUGUGGAGGAAAAGAUGCUUGAGCAUCCUUGUCCUCUCGGCGGCGACGGCCACCUGGGUGGCCCUGCAAGUUUAUCAGUUCACCUUCCUGACGGUGGCUUCUUGGGUUGCGAUGUUCGUCGUUGCAUCUCUUUUUGUCUGGGGAAACAUUCACAGGCUCCUCGGCAAAGAAGUGCCAGAGCUUUCAGGGAUGGAGAUAAGCGAAGGCUCUGCUGUGGAGAUGGCGCAUGGAAUUCGAGAAUCGGUUGAAGAAGGAUUGAGAUGGAUGUUCCGGGUUAGCUCCACCACUAAUGGAAGAGAGUUGUUGAAGUUUGCGGCAAUUUUAGCUUCGGCCUGGCUGCUUUCUUGGAUCGGAGGCCGCUUUGAUUUGCUUACAAUUGCUUACACUGGGAUAAUGGUGGGUAUGACGGUACCUUUGGUUUACACCAAGUAUGAGCACAAGUUCAACGAGUACGGCCGGCGAUUGAGAGUAUUUUCGCAGAAGAAUUCCGCCAUGAUUGAAGAGAAGUUUAGGAUGCUCUGGUCUAGGGUAACAGCAGGCAAGAAGAAAGAGAAGAAAAUGGAGUAG